AGCAGUCUGAAGAGAACAAACGCAGUUGUAGGGAAAUUAACUUUCAAAGACAGAAAGAAAAGGAAAAAAAGAAAAAAAAAUGACUUCAAAGGGUUGUCACUUUCAGUAUGUCUGUUGUGUGUGUCUGCUGAUGGUACGAAUUGCAACCUCCUCCUGCCUGAGAGGCAUAUGUCACGAAACGUCGCUGACAUUUCUGAGAAAUACAACUGAGUUACAUGAAGCCAGGUUGAGUACAUGGACUCUCACACACUAAAGAAUGAUCCCUCGAGACUUUCCACUUUACCUCAUGGAAACUUUGAACCGUUGGCAUUCACUGUAUGGAUGUUUUGUAGCGUUUAUGCUCCUGACAGCAGUCAGCACAGGGUCAACUUGUGAAGCUCCUUCCAGUCCUCAGUGCUUCAGAAGAAAAGCUGAUGAUACCAUUUACUUGUGUGAAUGGAACAUGAUUACCACUGAGAGCAACGUGACAUAUGACCUUCAUGUUGACGAAAAAAGAUUUGGGAGCAUUCAGAAGACCUCGCACGAACUCAACGAAGAAUGGCUCAUCAAAUAUCGUCCAGUCCACAUUUGGGUGGAAGCUCACAUCGGACGCUCCAGCUGCAUGUCAACCAGGAGUUAAGUACGAAGCACCACAAAAUAUUAACGUGUCCUGGGUAGAAAACAACCUCAGCCUGAGCUGGACAGCGGCAGAGAAGUAUCCAGCUUUAGUCGAGGUCCUGUUCCGACGAGAUGAAAGCCCCACAGAAUUGUGGGAGAAUAGAACAACAAAUACCACCAUCAAGACUUCUAAGCAUCAGGUCACUGUUGAUAAUCUGUUGAAGCAUACAGCUUAUCAGGUUCAAAUCAGACAUCGGUCCAAUCAGGCCCAUAACCCGCUGUGGAGUGACUGGUCUCCAGUGGUGACUGUUCCUGCAGAGCUGGAACAAAAACCCGAAGUAUCCAUGACAACGACACUUGAGAAAGGCACUCGGAAGGUGGUGCUAAUAUGGAAGCCGAUGCCACAAGCAGCAGCAGCCACAGGAGUGACAUACAGCCUGUGGGACACACAGUCUGGUCGUGGAUGUCCUUGUGCGAGAGGGAUUCAUCACACCAUUUCAACCAAACACACUACUUAUGUCUCGUUAUCUGCUGUCAACAUCUCUGUUGUUGCCAGAAAUGCAGCAGGUCAUUCUCCUCAAGCAGUUAUACAGCUACCCACCACACCUGCUGCAGAUUUAAAAACUUGUAACAAAACGUUACUGGAUAAAAAAUUAAAUAAGAGAACUUGCAUUGAGUUGUAUGAGCUUCAGGACGGAAAUUCAAUGCCAAAAAAUGUGAUCACUCUGUCUGGAAUGAAGAAGCAAAAAGAAAGGAAUCACAUAAAAAGGACUGUGAAGGACUUUGUUCGUUACCUUUAUUUUGAGCACAAAUGUGUCGGUGGGAGACCACAGACAGUUAAAAUGUGUCUCUUUUAUCAAAAAGAAGGUGUUCCACUAAGUGAACCUCAGGACUUCAGUCCUUUCAGUGAAACACACAAUUCUGUCAGCUUGUCUUGGAAAGCAAAUCCCCUUGCGGACCAUCAAGGUUUCCUCACACAUUACAGCCUCUGCAGUGUGAAAAUCAGCUCACAGAAAGAGACAAAAGAGUGCUAUAACAUAUCAGCCUCAGUGAGAAAACACUGUCUGAAAAAGUUGACACCAGGGACGAAAUACAACAUCACCCUGGCCGGAGUGACACGAGAGGGAGAAGGACCUAAAGCCACAAUAACUAUUAACACACUGCCAGAGAAACCAGCGAAUGUGCUGCUGUGGAGUCUGAGCUUGCUGUUUGUGUUCUUUUUAAUCUCAACAACAUGCACGUGUUUCUUGCAGAGAAUGAAAGAUAAGAUCUUCCCUCCUGUGCCGACACCUGUGAUACCAAAUUUCACCGCUAGUAACCCGGAGAAGCAGGAGAUGCUGGAGAGGAAGGAGGAGGUGAAUGAGCUGACGUUACACCAGCUGCAUCCAAAGAGAAAGCCUGUCCCAGAGGACGGAGAAGAGACUACUGUUGAUGGAGGAGGGUGGGGUGAUGGCACUGAUGUGGAGAACGAGAGGGAUGAUUCAGUGAUGUUAGGAGGAUCUAGUGAUGGGAGUUUGUGUCCUGACUCUACAGAUCCGGGACUAAAGAACUCCAGAGAAGAAGAAAUGACUGCUCUGGAGCAGGUGGACAACGAGAUCGCCAUGCUCAUAUACAGGAACGGUUUGGUCUUUGACGUGAAGACAGACUCACCUUAAAAUGGAUUUAACUCAGGGAUUUACAGCACAAAAAUGCACAGACAUAUCAAAAGUUGACGUAUUUGUAGGCUGAAUGUGUGCUUUUCUUGCAUGUGUGUCUUGUUGUAAUGUUGGACGACAAACAAAAUCAUGUUGUUAUGAGGAAAAUAUUUAAUUUUUAUACUGUGUUUGCCAGUGUUGUUUUUUUUUUUACAUUUUUGCAUUAUUUGAAAGCAGAGUUUAGUGUUUUGGGUUUUUUUUAAAAACAGUUUUAAGUGUUUUCAGACAAAAAUUCUUAGUUUAGAUAAAUGUGGGCAGUAGUGGUCAACCACUUUGGUCCAGAUGGAAAUAUCUCAACAACUGUUUGAUGGAUUCACAUAAAGGCUCUAAGAGGAUGAAUCCCACUGUAAUGUUAACUCAAAUACUCUUGAAAAUACUGAACUUAACGACAACAAAAAUAAACAAUCAGGAAAAAUAUUUAUAGUGUAUUUAUUAUUGACACCAACUGCUAUAUUUGAAGUCAAAAAGAGUGGAUAUCUUUGUGAAAUUAUUUAACAGUAGGAGCACGUGAACAGUUUCUGUGUGCAGAAAAGAAGCUGAUAUUACUUGAAAGUUAUUUGUUUGUAAGUUCUUGUUAUUACCAGUCACUGGACCUCAACUUUUAAACUUUCAAAUAUAUAUAUGUAUAUAUAUAUAUAUAUGUAUAUAUAUGUUUUAUGUGAUUUUCUUUACAGUAAGCAUUACAGUCUCACAGAGUUGCUGGUGUCACUGAGGACCCUUGGUCUUGUAGCUACACAUAGAUUCAGCUCCAUGAAACUGUAAAUGAAACAGUAAAACAUAAUCAAACCAUAAUCAGCUAAGAGAUACAACUAUAUUAAAGUUACUGUGUUAUACAACAACAGCACGGUGUAAAUUAAAUUCCAGCUUUGCUGUGA